AUGACCGUUGAAGUGGAUCGCUUAAUCAAACAAGACACCGGAUUCGAUCUCGAUCUCACAAACAACCACAUCCAUUGCUUUUGCCACAAAGUGGCACUUAUACUAAAUGCUGGCCUCAAAGCGCUCGAUGUCGGCACCGUUGGGUUAACCAAGUCAAAAAAAGCGACUCUUGGUUUUACUCCUGGCCUCGCGUGCAUCGUCGAAGCAAACGAAGAAGAUUCUGAUCGAUCGAGCUCGUUGGACGAGGCUGCUCACAGCCCUGCUGAGGAUCGCGACUCCGCCAGUGAAUCCGAGAUGAGCGAAGACGGAAAUGAGAGCACUGAUUGUGCUACACAGUUGCAAGGCAACCACGUCGGACCAAUCCUGAAAAAGAUCGAUUCAGUGAUCCAGAAGAUCACUGCCUCGGCAGCCAAGCAAUCUGAGUUUGAGACCUGGGCAAAAAAACUGGACUACUCGGGGCCAACCCUUAUCGCAGGCUGCUUGUGA